AGAUAAACUCCUACUUCGAUUUCUAGAAAAUCUGUCAUCGUUAAUGGAUUUUCGGAAGCUAAUCGUGUUUAUUUGGUUAAUUGGUUCCAUUAUCAAAACGGUGUCGUCUCAAUCCGCUUCAACUCACUGCCCUCUCGAAUUCAAAAACCUAACAACCUCACAAACUUGCGAAGAAGGAACGUGGGAUGAUUUUUUACGAGAUAAAUGCUGCAAAUCGCCAUUUAACUCCUACCUCGAUGCACUCGCUAUACGUGCAAAUGAAACAGGAAAAAUCUACCUAAAUUCAACUGAACAGACGAGUUGCUUGAAGAAGAUGAAGGAAAACGUAACGACAGAUGUGUUUACCUGUGGAAUCGAUAAGCUUACUGCCGGAAUCAAUGGCUGUGCGGCGUUUUCCGUUGACGAUGUGUCUAAUCGGCUUCGUGAUGAGGUUUUGGGUUUAUCGAAAGGUUGUGGGUCGAUUUUUGGUGUUGGGGGUUAUUGGAAUCAGUCGUGUGGAGAGUGUGUGAAGAGUUGGGAAGACAUUAAAGGGGUGAUUUCGGGAGAUAGUGACGAUGAUUUGUGCAGGUUUGCGGUGUUGACUACGUUGACCGGGAGUCGGAUUGAUGACUUGAUUUGGAAGGAAAACGUCUACAAAUGCCUUGGGGGACAAGUUAUUAGUAAUGAUAUUAACCAAAACAAAGGAAGAAAGAAGAACUCAACAGAUUCUACAAUAAUCGGAUUGUUGUCGGGGAUUUCAGCUUUAGUGGUUAUUUGUGUAUAUAUUAUGGCAAGAAGAUGGCAUUCAAUACAUGCAGGAGCAAAAGACGAUGGCAUGAAGCGUGAUUUACCAAAAAAGUCUCGAUAUCUUAAAGUUCCGAUUAAGGAGAUUCUUUAUGCUACAAACAACUUGGACCAAUCAAAUUAUAUUGGUGAAGGAACAGCAGGCAAGGUAUAUAGGGGUAUACUGUCAAAUAAACAACAUGUUGCAGUCAAGCAUAUCAUCGAUGAUGGAUUUAUGGAAACUUUUCUAAGAGAAGUUAGAAAUCUUGCACUUGUUAGACAUCCGAAUCUUGUGGCGUUGCUAGGGUAUUGUGACAACGAAGAUGAAUGCUUCCUUAUUUACGAACUAUGUACAAAUGGGAAUCUCUCCGAGUGGCUUUUUGGAAAAAACAAAGUACUUUCAUGGAUUCAAAGACUUGAAAUUGCUAUAGAUUGUGCUCGAGGACUUUGGUUUCUCCACACAUAUUCAGAAGGUUGCAUUGUUCAUCGUGACAUUAAGCCGACAAAUAUACUCCUAGGCCCAAACUAUGAGGCCAAGCUUUCUGAUUUUGGGUUGUCCAAGGUUAUUGCCAUUGGGAAAACAUAUGCGAGUUCAGAGGUCAGAGGAACAUUCGGUUAUGUUGAUCCAGAGUACCAAACUGACUCUCAAGUAAAUUCAGCGGGUGAUGUCUAUAGUUUUGGAAUCGUGCUUUUACAAAUUCUUUCAGGAAGAAGAGUUAUAAACAUGAACGCAAGUAAACCAAUGCCAUUGGAGAAGAUGGCAAAGUCACUUACAAAAGGUGGAAGCAUAGUAGGAUUUGCUGACCCAAAGCUUGACGGGAAAUACUCUGCAGAGGCAUUUGAACUUACGUUUCAGCUAGCUUUGUCAUGUACAGGACACAAAAAAGAACGACCAUCCAUGGGACAAGUGGUUGAGAGAUUGGAGGAGACACAUGAGAUAUCAAUUAGUGUCGUGGAUUUAAACCUUCAUAAGACGUAA